AUGGAUGCUAUAAGGAAGCAAGCUGCCAGAUUGAGGGAACAAGUUGCCAAACAACAACAGACUAUACUUAGACAGUUGGGUCAACUUAGCAAUGAACCCCUCAUGGCCGAUGAAUCUGAACUUGAAUGUUACCAGAAACUUCAAAAAUUAUACACUUCUACAAAGACUGCUAAGCAUUUUCAGCGCCACAUUGUUCGUGGUAUUGAAGGAUUCAUCUCUGUUAGUUCCAAGCAGAUGGAGAUAGUGAGGAAAUUGGCUAAGGACUGUUGUAAAUAUGGGACUGAGAACAAGGAUCACGGUAGUAAUUACCCCCUUGCAAGGGCUUCUCUUCAAUUCGGUAACUCAUAUGAUAUAUUGGAAAAUGAGAGGGAGACUUUGCUUGGGAUCUUUUGUGAUCAGAUCUCUGAGCCACUGCGGGCUCAAAUAACAGGAGCUCCUUUGGAAGAUGCACGCCACCUCACCCACAACUAUGACAAACUUCGUCAAGAAGUAGAAGGCCAGGCUGCUGAAGUUUUGAGGCGUAGAUCAAAGUUGAGGGAUUCUUCUCUUCCUUCAGACAGUUCCAUGAGGCUUCAGAAUGCAGAGAAAAGGUUGAAAGAACUUAAAUCUGCCUUGGUGGCACUCGGUAGAGAAGCAACUUCUGCUAUGUUGUCAGUUGAAGAACAACAACAACAUAUAACUCUCCAGAGCCUUUCUACAUCGGUGGAUGCUGAGAAAGCCUAUCAUCGGCAUGCUCUUGUUAUUCUAGAUAAACUAUAUGCUGAGAUGAUCAUGAUUGACGAGAGACAAACAAAAGACCCUACAUCAUUUCCACUCCCAAAAGAUGGAUAUAAUCAACCCACAGAUGAGAAACCUAAUUCAAACGGCAUUGAUUAUAAGCACGACACCCAAAUGGGCACAUACUUUUUUGCAAAGGUCAUUCAUACAUUUGAUGCUCAAGCUGAGGGAGAGUUAAGUUUAUCACUUGACGAUUAUGUUGUAAUACGACAGGUUGAUGCCAAUGGAUGGUCUGAAGGAGAAUGCAAUGGCAAUGCCGGAUGGUUUCCCUCUGCAUAUGUACAGAGACAGGACGUAGUACCAGCAAACAAGAUACCGGAAUAA